CGUUUGUAUUUCCGUCUGCCUCAGAUAUCUGGAGUCUCGGUGUGAUCCUCUUCAUGUUGGUAUGUGGCCAGCCCCCCUUCCAGGAAGCCAACGCCAGCGAGACUCUCACUAUGAUCAUGGAUUGUAAAUACACUGUACCGGCUCACGUCUCCAGCGCCUGCAAAGAUCUGAUAGACCGCAUGCUUCAGAGGGAUCCCAAGCGACGGGCUUCCCUGGAGGAGAUUGAGAGCCAUGCGUGGCUGCAGGGGGUCGACCCAUCCCCAGCCACCAAGUACAACACUCCCCUGGUGUCCCACAAGAACCUGUCAGAGGAGGAACACAACAGCAUCAUCCAGCGCAUGGUGCUCGGAGACAUCGCCGACCGAGAGGCCAUAGUGGAAGCCCUGGAGACUAACAAGUACAACCACAUCACAGCCACGUACUACCUGCUGGCAGAGCGCAUCCUCAGGGAGAAGCAGGAGAAGGAGGUGCAGACUCGCUCAGCCAGCCCCAGCAACCUCAAGGCCCACUUCAGGCAGUCGUGGCCCACCAGAGUGGACAUGCACCAGGACAUCGAGGACAGCCUGGCAGCGUCCUCCAUGUCCCAUGCUGGAGGCCCCCAGUCCCCGGCCCGCAGCGCAGAGAACCUGCUAAACGGACACCGCUCCAAAGGCUUAAUGGAGCUGGGCCGCCGUGAGGACACCACACUGAGGGACUCGGCACAGGGAGCCACAUCUGCUGUGUCGGGCCCUGCUUCUGCUGGCUCUGGGACCGCCAGGGCCCCCACAGCGUCCACCUCAACAGCAGCCAAGCAGCGCAGCUGCCUGUUCAGGUCAGUGUUACAGAGCAUCCAUCCAUCCCUGAGUGAAGAGGA